ACCUCAGCUGGCCUCCAGCCUGGAGCUUCUGAGCCUGCAGCAGCAUCUAAAGAUAGUCUACCUCACAGGAAACCAGAUACUAUUGGCUAACUUUGCAAAUAAGGAUGCCCUCAGAGGAAAGGGAGACACUCUCUGACAGACUGUGACUGGGACAGGAAGGCUGACUGGCGCAUCUCCACCUCUCGAGGUUCCCUCCCCAGAUCCAGUCCAGGUGCUCACCAUGCACACGACCCUCCCUGAAUCAACUUCAGAAAACUUUGAGUAUUAUGAACUUGCAGAAGCCUGUGAUAUAGGGGACAUCGUGGCCUUGGGAGCUGUCUUCGCGGCCAUACUCUACUCCCUCGUCUUUGCCUUUGGCCUGGUGGGAAAUUUGCUGGUGGUGUUUGCCCUCAUCAACAGCCAGAAGUCCAAAAGCAUUACUGACAUUUACCUCCUGAACCUGGCUUUGUCCGAUCUGCUCUUCGUAGCCACCUUGCCCUUCUGGACUCACUAUGUGAUAAAUGAGCAAGGCCUUCACCACGCCACGUGCAAACUCACCACUGCCUUCUUCUUCAUUGGGUUUUUUGGAGGCAUAUUCUUCAUCACCGUUAUCAGCAUCGACAGGUUCCUGGCCAUCGUCCUGGCUGCCAACUCCAUGAACAACAGGACCGUGCAGCACGGCGUCACCGUCAGCCUCGGCGUCUGGGCAGCCGCCAUCUUGGUGGCCACACCCCAGUUCAUGUUCACCAAAGAGAAAGAAAACGACUGCUUUGGCGACUACCCUGAGAUCCUGCGGGAAAUCUGGCCUGUGAUCCUCAAUGUGGAAAUAAAUUUUCUUGGCUUCCUGCUCCCCCUGAUCAUUAUGAGUUACUGUUACUUCAGAAUCAUGCGGACACUGUUUUCCUGCAAGAACCACAAGAAAGCUAAAGCCAUUAGGCUGAUCUUUCUGGUGGUUGUCGUGUUUUUCCUCUUCUGGACACCCUAUAAUGUCAUGAUUUUCUUACAGACGCUCAAUCUCUAUGACUUCUUUCCCAAGUGUGACGUGAAGAGGGAUCUGAAGUUGGCGAUCAACGUGACGGAGACAAUUGCAUUUAGCCACUGUUGCCUCAAUCCCCUUAUCUAUGCAUUUGCUGGAGAGAAGUUCAGACGAUACCUUUACCGUCUCUACAGGAAAUGCCUGGCUGUCCUGUGUUGCCAUCCUGUCCACAUCAGUUUCUCUUCGUCUCUGUCUGAAUCACAAAGGAGCAGGCGGGAAAGUGUUCUGAGCAGCAAUUUUACUCAUUACACCAGUGAUGGAGAUACGUCCCUCGUUCUCUGAAGGGAUCCCAAAGCUGGGUCCCUCCAGUGAGGCUGGAGUUUCUGAGUUGACACUGAAUAAUGAGGACAGAUUUUAAAACUUCUUACAUGCAAGAAAUAAUGGAUCCAAUGCUCCCAAAACAAUCCUAAAGUAUUUUUGAGACUUGUGCUCAAAACUUGAAUGAUGAAGAGUGGACAUGGCGCUUAUUGCCAAUGUCAGGACUUCCCUGUUUAUAAAGGACAUAAAUUCAACUCAGACUAACUUAGUCUGAAAAGAGGCAGUAACAUUCACCUUGUAGCAUGGGCAAUGGGUGGUGAGCCCUCAGUGAAAGAAAACUAGAGACUGAAUCUAGCUAGCAUUUCCUCUGACUCUCAAUUCUCUGAGUGGUAAGAGAGAUCCCAUAAGUGGUAAGAGAGAUCACAUAACACAGAUUUCCCAGUGCCUUCUUUUCUCAAAGAAAAGGCAGGUCUCUUCCAUCUGGUCGCAUGCAUCACCACCUGAUCCAGAACCCAGGGGAAUAAACAGAAAAAAACACUGGCCCAAACUGAGAAGGCAUGGUUUCUAAUCUCAACUCUAUCACUUAUCCACUGGAUAACUGGGGGCCAACUGAACUUAGUUUCCUCAUCUGUAGAAUGGAAAUAACAGUUCUUUUUGCAUAGGAAGCAUGCAGCAUGAAGAGCCAGACUCCAACUCUCAGAGAUUCCAACCCUUUUGCCAGGCUCCCAGACUUCAGCUUUACCCCCACCUGGCGCCCUGCUUAAGUGGUGCUGUUGACAGGGCUUGGAAGGGCCUCACAGGCUCUGCUGUGUGAUGCAGCUCUUGACACGGAGGAGGCUGGCUCUGACGGUGGGGCCCAAUGGACACUCCUAGAUGUACAGAUGGAUAGGCUUUCCUGACUCAGUCCUCCCAGGCCGGCUGGACCAUUUCCUCCUGAUCAACUGGUGACAACCCUACCUGGCGAGAACCGCGUCAUUCAUGCCAAUGCCAACCUGAACAGCCCGAGUCCCAGGAACAGCUUUCCCUUUCUCAGUUAACGUUUGAGACGGUCUGAAAUGUUAAAGCUUGAAAAACAAUUGUGAUGAUGCUAAAGAAAAUAUCACCUAUAAUCUAACCACGCAAUAUCUUCAUGUGCCCACUGGACCUUGUUCACAGCCUCACAUGUUUCAAGUUGCAAUCAUAGUGUACGGACAGUUUUGUAAUCUGCUUUUUUUUUUUCUCUCUCUCUUAACAUUAGGCCACAGAUAACGCUCUGUUUCUGCAUAGUUUUGUAAUGAUCAUUUUAGAAGACGGCCAGGUUGCGUACUCACUGAAGGCAUCUGACUUGUUGCCCUAUUUCUCACUCCUUGGAAGUCAAUGUAUUUGUUUACCCAAUGACAGAAUGAAUUACAUUCCAUUAAGAUCAUGUACUGCAACUUAUCAUUACCCUGUUAAUAAACACUUCAUGUGUUUCUAAUAUUUAGCACAUACAUAUUUUACAGUACUUUUCUGUGUAAUUUCCUUUCUCCCCUUCAAUUACUUCCUUUGGAUGAAUUCCUUGCCAUGGGGCUAACUGGGCCAAAGGGCAUGGGUACAUUUUAGCUUUUAACACAUACAUAUGAAACUAAUAAACUGCAAAACCUUUAUUGAGCAUGUAUUAUAUGUAACAUGUGAGCUCAAAUCCAGAGCUGUUCCAAAGAUGAGUGUGAUAAGGCCUGUGCCCUCAAUGCUUCAGAGGUGCUUGACAUUUAAAUGCAGAACUCAGAAGUUUAAAAAAAAAAAAAAAAAGCAUACUCUUACAUUAUUUGGUAACACAAAAAUAAGGACACCUGACCUGAGUCAUUAAGGAUCUUAAGGCCCUAACCUAAAACAUCUUACCUGAGUCUUAAGAUCUUGAGAUUUUAAGAGAAAAGUCUGAGAACAGUGAAAGGCAUUGGGAACAGAGUAUGUGGUGGGA